CUAGUAUAUUUGGAUUUUUGAAACAAAAAUUCUAAAACAAAAUCUAAAAAUCUUCCUUCUAACUCUGAGAUAUUUGCUCACUGUUUUGACAGUUUCAAUUCUUUAAUGAUUGGUCAAGCGAAGCUUUUUGAACAUUUUCUUGGCUAUCCAUUGAUGCGUAUUUCAAAAUCAACUCUCAAAAAAGUUAUUGUGUGAUCAUGAGGGCGAAGAAUGUACGGUUAGUUGUAAUAGUAUGGGUGAUGGGGUGGAGUUCCUGCACGGGGAGGUUCGUUGUGGAGAAGAACAACCUCCGAGUGACUUCACCGGAGUCCAUCAGAGGAGUCUACGAAUGCGCCCUCGGAAAUUUUGGCGUCCCUCAAUACGGGGGAAGCAUGUCCGGUGCGGUGGUUUAUCCUAAAGCUAACCAGAAAGGUUGCAAGAACUUUGACGAUUUUGAGAUCUCUUUCCGAUCCAGACUCGCUGGAUUGCCCACAUUCGUUCUCGUUGAUCGAGGAGAUUGUUACUUCACUUUAAAGGCGUGGAACGCACAACGAGCUGGUGCCGCAACCAUCUUGGUAGCGGAUAACAGGCCUGAGCAACUCAUCACCAUGGACGCACCAGAGGAUGAGACGUCAGAUGCAGAUUACCUACAAAAUAUCACAAUUCCUUCAGCAUUGGUGAGCAGAUCUCUAGGGAGUGCCAUCAAAACGGCCAUAGCUCAUGGCGAGCCCGUUCAUAUAAGUCUAGACUGGCGGGAGGCUCUUCCACACCCAAACGAUCGAGUAGCUGACGAGCUAUGGACCAAUAGCAAUGAUGAAUGCGGAUCCAAAUGUGACGCACAGAUCCAGUUUCUUAAGAGAUUCAAAGGAGCUGCUCAGAUUCUUGAGAAAGGAGGCUACACUCGCUUCACUCCCCACUACAUUACAUGGUUUUGUCCUGAAGCAUUUCUGGCAAGUAGACAAUGUAAAUCACAAUGCAUCAAUGGAAGAUAUUGUGCUCCCGACCCGGAACAAGAUUUCUCUAGAGGAUACAAUGGGAAAGACGUAAUUAUUCAAAAUUUACGCCAAGCUUGCUUCUUUAGAGUGACCAAUGAAAGUGGAAAGCCUUGGCUUUGGUGGGAUUACGUCACCGACUUCGCCAUUCGUUGUCCCAUGAAAGAGGAGAAAUACAACAAGAAAUGUGCUGAUCAAGUCAUUCAAUCUCUUGGAGUUGAUGUGAAGAAAAUUGACAAAUGCAUUGGAGACAUUGAAGCAAAUACCGAAAAUCCCGUUCUUAAAGAAGAACAAGAUGCACAAGUUGGAAAAGGUCCGCGAGGAGAUGUGACGAUACUACCAACUAUUGUGAUAAACAAUAGACAAUAUAGAGGGAAGUUGCAGAGAUCGGCCGUGCUUAAGGCUCUUUGCUCAGGGUUUCGUGAGACGACUGAGCCACCAAUUUGUUUAACCGAAGACAUAGAAACCAAUGAGUGUUUACAAAACAACGGAGGGUGUUGGGAAGAUAAGACAACCAACAUUACAGCUUGCAGGGACACUUUCAGAGGAAGAGUAUGUCAAUGUCCCAUUGUUCAAGGUGUCAAGUUUCUAGGUGACGGUUAUACACAUUGUGAAGCUUCCGGGGCACUACGUUGUGGUAUAAACAAUGGAGGGUGUUGGAAACAAACUCAAAUGGGAAAAACAUAUUCUGCUUGCCGUGAUGAUCAUUCGAAAGGCUGCAAAUGUCCCCCCGGAUUCAAAGGAGAUGGACUCAAAGACUGCCAAGAUGUGAAUGAGUGUGAGGAGAAAACAGCGUGUCAAUGUCGCGGUUGCAAAUGCAAGAACACAUGGGGAAGCUAUGAAUGUAGUUGCAGCGGAAGCUUGCUUUACAUCAGAGAACACGACAUUUGCAUAAACAAAGAUGCAAGAGGAGAUUUAAGUUGGGGAGUGAUAUGGAUAAUAAUAAUGGGAUUAGGUGCAGCUGCUUUAGGAGCUUACACUGUUUAUAAAUACAGAAUUCGGACAUAUAUGGACUCAGAGAUAAGAGCGAUAAUGGCGCAAUAUAUGCCUCUCGAUAACCAUCCCAACACUCAACUUUCUUCUCAACUAGAGUUGUAAGAACAAUGUGUUCACCAAA